AUGGCUCGGGUUUCACCGCCACACACACAUCAAGUCUACUCGCCUGACGGCAAGAACAGGUCACCUGAGAGGAUAGUAAAGCCGGCCACUCACGUACCGGUAGACCUAGCAGGCACACCUGUGCAGGUAUACCGAAGACCUGACAAGCCCACACACGCUAUGUUUCCAAAAUGCCAGGAAGAUUGGAAAGAGAUAGCGGAAUUAUUUGAAGCACGAUGGAACUUUCCACACUGUUUGGGAGGAAUCGACGGCAAACAAGUUGACAUCAUUCCGCCAGCUGGAGGUGGAUCUGAAUUUUUCAAUUAUAAAGGCCGAAACAGUAUGGUACUUUUAGGAAUUUUUAAUGCCAAGUAUCUAUUUAUUUUAGCAGAUUUUGGAACCAAUGGAAGAGUUUCAGAUGGUGGUGUCCUCCAAAAUACAAAAUUUUUCGAAAUGUUGACAAAAAGUGAAUUACAUAUUCCAACCGAAGAACAUGUCAAAGGAACUAAUAGAAAUCUGCCGUAUGUUUUUAUCGCUGACGAUGCUUUUGCUUUAUGGAAUGACAUGAUGAAACCUUUUCGACAAGCGGACUUGACCUCGCAAGAAAAAAAAAUUUAAUUACAGAUUAUCUCGAGCAAGGCGCAUCGUUGAAAGUGCGUUUGGAAUAUUGGCUUCACGAUUUCGUAUAUUUCAUACUCAAAUUAAUGUAGAACCUAAUAACAUUGUUAAAAUAGUAAUGGCUAUAGUCGUGCUACACAAUUUUUUAAUACAAAAUUCACCAAGAUCGUAUUCACCUCAAAAAUGUGUUCAACAAGAAAAUGAUGACGGAACCAUCAUCACUUAUGGAUACAAUACACAAAAUUCUAACAUGGAAAAUUUAGAGCAAGGAAACCGCGAAAAUAUCAAUGAUGCAGCAAAAAAUGUUAGGGAAAACUUUGUGCAUUAUUUUAAUCGUGAGGGCAGGGUACCAUGGCAAACGAUUUUAUUAAGUAAAUACAUAAUAGAUAUGAAUAAUAUAAAU